UCAGCUCUGAAAGCCUGUUCCCCAGAUCUCUGAUCAGUCUCCUCAGUCAGUCUGUCCUCUACACCACCUUCUGUCUCAGACCUCUGCGGGAUUGUCUGCGCUGGAAUCUUGCAUCCUGUACCUGUGGCCUCAGCUGGAAGGAGAAUAUUUCAGGGUAGGAAAAGGACACGUGCUGAGAAGAUGAGUCUGAAGGUUGAUUUGGAAACAAACUUUGCCGAAUGUGUCUUAAAUGCAGGAAAGAUCAUCCUUGGGGAUAACCAAAGGAAAGAAAUGAAUCCUGAACUGCAGAAAAAACAGAGGAAAAACAUCUUGAAAGCAAUAUGUGCUCUGUUGAAUUCUGGUGGCGGAGUGGUCAAGGCUGAGAUUGAGAACAAAGACUACAAUUAUGAAAUCCAUGGAGUAGGACUGAAGAUGCCUUCAAUUUUUAAAGGCUAUUUAGAUGAGAUGCAGCAGGGAGAACUCUUCCUGAUUUUUGUGAGAUCCUGGAAUGCAGAGGCCUCUGGUGUACGACUCGCUACCUUGUGCUCCAAUUUGUACCACAGAUACAGAGCAUCUACUGAUGUCAUGGAUCCUAAGGAAGCGCUGGCAUUCCUCAAAGGGAAAACUCAGACUCUUAGGAAUACUGAUUCCAGUUCAUUACGUGCACACAAAGUUUGUGCUGGUGUGCGAAAUGAGCAUAGCAUAAGGGCAUCAGCUGCUGCUUUAUUUGCUAGAACUCAGCUUCAGUACCUAGAAAAGCUCAACUUUACUAAGUCCCUCCAUGUUGAGUUUAAAAUGUUCUCAACCGAGGGGUCACGGUGCUUUCAGGAAAGUCUCCCCAGUUGUGUUUCUGCAUUUGCAAACACUGAAGGAGGGUAUAUAUUUUUUGGUGUGCAUGAUGAGACCCAUCAAGUCAUUGGAUGUGAAAAGGAGAACAUAGAUCUUGACAUCUUGAAGGUUGCUAUAGAUUCCUGUAUUAGGACUCUACCUGUCCAUCAUUUCUGUACACAGAAGCAUGAUAUAAAAUAUGCUGUCAAAUUCCUUGAAGUAUACAAUCAGGGGGCCCUCCAUGGAUAUGUCUGUGCAGUCAAGGUGGAACAAUUUUGCUGUGCAGUGUUUGCCAAGAUGCCCAGUUCCUGGCAGGUGAAGGACAAUCAUGUGAAACAGCUGGACACGAAGAAAUGGAUAGCUUGGAUGAUGGAAGCAGACCCAGAUCUUUCCAGACUUUCUGAGAUGGUCCUUGCAGUGAGUUUGUCAUCCACUACACCCCGCAGCAGGACUGUCUGCACGCAUAAGAACUUUGAAUGUCUGGAAGCGCAGCAAAAACGUUACUUUCCAGUAUUACCAGACAGAGUGGUGUAUAGACCAGAAAGCCUUUACAAGGAGCUGUUCUCAACACACAAAGGACUCAGAAACUUAAUCAAUAAGGAAAUGCGCUCUUUCUCUCAAGGAAUAUUGAUAUUCUCUCGAAGCUGGGCUGUGGACUUGGGUCUGCAAGAGAAGCAGGGAGUCAUCUGCGAUGCUCUUCUCCUUUCCCAGAACAACAGCCCACUCCUCUACACCAUCCUCAGUGAGUGGGACGCGAGCUGGAAGGGCUAUUCUAGGAUAGUCGCCCUUACCUUAAAGCAGAAGCUGGUGAACACAGGGGGCUACACUGGGAAAUUGUGCGUCACUCCCUUGAUCUUCCUGCUGAAUCCUGACAAUACAGCAACGACUCUGCAUGAUUCGGAUUUGCAAAUUUACCCCGAGUCCUAUAAUCUUAUGACCACCCAGCACAUAGAAGCUCUGUUACAGUCCCUUGUGAUAGUCUUGCUUGGAUUCCGCUCUUUCUUAAGUGAAGAGCUGGGCUCUGAGGUUUUGAGCCUACUCACAGAUAAACAGUAUGAGUUGCUUUCAAAGAAUAUUCGCAAGACCAGAGAGCUGUUUGUUCAUGGCUUACCUGGAACAGGGAAGACCAUCCUAGCCCUUAAGAUAAUGGAGAAGAUCAGGAAUGUGUUUCACUGUCAACCAGAUGAUAUUCUUUACAUCUGUGAGAACCAGCCUCUGAAGAAUUUUGUGAGCCAGAGACACAUCUGCCAGGCAGUGACUCGGAAAACUUUCAUGAAAAAUGACUUCCAAAAGAUUCAGCACAUCAUCAUUGAUGAAGCUCAGAAUUUUCGCACUGAAGAUGGAGACUGGUAUGAGAAGGCAAAAACAAUCACUCAGGGAGAAAAGGAUUGCCCAGGAAUUCUCUGGAUCUUUCUAGACUACUUUCAGACUACUCACUUGAGCUGCAAUGGCCUCCCUGCUCUCACAGCCCAGUAUCCAAGAGAAGAGCUCACCAGAGUGAUCCGUAACGCAGAUCCAAUAGCCAACUACCUACAAGAAGUAAUGCAGGAGGUCAGAGAAAAUCCUCCAGGCAACAUCCCCUCUGGGUCCCUGGAGAUGGUUCAUAAAGGUGAAUGGGCUCAGGGUAUUCCAGGCAAUGUGGAGAUUAUGGAGUACUUGGACUUGGAAGAUAUGGUGGUCCAAGUAGCUAAGAAAUGCCUCUUUUUCUUGAAGAAUGGUUAUUCUCCCAAGGACAUUGCCAUGCUUUGCAGCAAAGCAAGUGAAGUGGAAAUAUAUAAAGAUAAGCUUCUAAGAGCAAUGAGGAAAAGAAAAAUAUCUGAGCUCGAUGAGGAAUCCGACCUGUUAGUACAGAUCAAAGAUGCAUCGGAUAUCAUGGCCAAUCACAUCGUGUUGGACAGUGUCCGUCGAUUUUCAGGCCUGGAAAGAAACAUUAUCUUUGGGUUCAACCUAAUGGCUGAGCCAGCUAUUUUCCACAAUCUUCUGCUCUGUCUGGCUUCCAGGGCAAAGAAACAUCUCUAUAUUCUGAAGGUUCCUGUUUGACAGGAAGAUCCCAGGCUAAGAAACAACUAGGUGGCUCUCAUCUCUGCUUAACUAUGAAACUAUUUGAUCGAAACAUCUAAUUACAGAGUAUUUAAUGAGCACUCACUCUGGCCAUGUAUUCUCCUCGAUGCUGGGGAUAAAGGGGAGGGUAGCAAACAAGGCAGACAAGAUGUCUUCUUUGGGGCAGAGGUAACUUACAGACAAGUAAACAAAUACAAGCACAAGAAAUUUCAGAUAGGGGCACCUGCUUGACUCAGUAGGUUAAGCCUCCAACUCUUGGUUUCCGCUCGGGUCAUGAUGUCAUGGUUUGGGUGCAGUGACAACCCCCUCCCUGGUCAGACUCUGCAAUGACAGCACAAAGCCUGCUUGGGAUUCUUUCACCCCCACUCACUCUCUGUCCCUACCCAUCUUCUCUCUCUCUUUCUCUCUCAAAAUAAAUAAUAAACAUAAAAAAAGAAAUUUUAAGUAGUAAUAAGGAACAUCAGAAUAUUAAUUAGAGGGCCCUGAGAAGCAGAUUGUGUGUGUGUGUGUGUGUGUGUGUGUGUGUGUGUGUGUGUGUGUAUACACAUAGGAGGGUACAUAGAGGGAGGAGCUGGUAUUCACGGUGGUUGGAGAAGUGCUCAGUGAAGGAAGGAGUCACAAGAAGAUCUUUGAGCCACAUGUGCCAGGCAGACUCAGAUCGUUUUACUUUUUUAUAAUAUUCUCACUUUUUAAUACAGAGAUCAUGCAGAAAUGCUUGAGUAUCAUCUACUGGGAGUGUAUGAAGGGUGGAGAGGGGUCGUGUGUCUGGCCUUGUAUAGGUGAGGAAUGGUUGUAAAAUAUUUCAAAUGUAAGAUCAGAAAGUAUACAUUGUAAUUUUUUACAAACCACAUCACAUGAUACUUUUCCAUUAAAAAAUUUUUAAUGUCUAUUUUUGUGAGAGAGAGUGAGAGAGACAGAAUCUGAAGCAAGCU